UUCAAUAACCAUUAAUUUCGAUGUUUUUACAUGUGCCAACCAUCCCGUGACAGCUCAACCUUUUUUUCAGAUUUCAUUUCUUUAAAAAUGACUUUAAAAUGAUGUUGAUAUCAAUUAAAUUGUUACGUUUAUCUUUUUUAUAACAAAAAAUUACAUAUAAUUCAAACUUUGCGCGAUAAGUUCAGCGGAAAACGCGCAUGCGCAGUGCGCUGACAAUUCGAUAUUCCUGAAUUCCUGAAACGUCAGAACCGAUUGGAGAGCAGCCCCUUCAAGUCCCCGCUUGUCUGCGGGUAUUCCAUACAUACCUAUAUGUUAUUCACCUGUGAUUCAUUCAUUCGUCAUUAAUUUCCUUUUGAUUCGGCAGCAAACUCGCAAAAACAACGACAAGUACUUUUUAAUGAUAUCAGCUGCUGCUGUACACGACGAAGUUUUUCAGUGUCAUAGCACGAAUCGCGACUGAUUUACACGACGUAUUAUUAUCAUCAAAAUGUUUUCGAGUGGGCCAAAUUAUACAAAGUUAAAAACACAUCUAAGGUUAGCUAUAAACCGAUUGAAGCUUUUGGAAAAGAAGAAGACUGAAUUAGCACAAAAAGCGAGAAAAGAAAUCGCCGAUUACAUUGCUGCUGGCAAAGUGGAAAGGGCCAGAAUCAGGGUGGAGCAUAUUAUCAGAGAAGAUUACAUGGUCGAAGCAAUGGAACUUUUGGAAAUGUAUUGUGAUCUUUUGCUUGCGCGCUUUGGACUCAUUCAACAGAUGAAAACACUUGACGAUGGGUUAUCUGAAGCAAUAUCUACAAUUAUUUGGGCAGCCCCACGUAUACAGACUGAUGUUCAAGAGAUGAAAGUAAUCUCGGAUAUUUUAACUGCGAAGUAUGGCAGACAAUAUACGGAUGCCUGUAGAGAAGAGGCAUUGCAAACCAUAUCAGAAAAGCUCAAGCACAAAUUGGGCGUUCAGUCUCCCUCCAAGUUGUUAGUGGAAAAAUAUCUCAUCGAAAUUGCAAAAAUUUACAACGUCGAGUAUGAACCCGAUCCUCAAAUCAUGGCAGAGGGUCAAGAUGCUCUAUUGAUAGACAUAGGAAGUGGAGGUCAGGCACCUAACAAUUUGGAUCAAGCUAGUGGUGGUAUGCCACAGCCAGCUGGAUUUAUCGGAUACCCACAGCCACCACUUCCAUUGGCCAUGAAUAAUGCUGCUGGAGGUCCUCCAUUACCAAUGGGUUUCACAGCUCCUAGUACUUCUUCAAUUGAGAAGGAUGAAAAUAAUCAUUUCAAUCCUGCUGCGUUUUCUUACAACAUUCCUCUUGAUAAGGCCAACACUAAUAAACCUGAUGAGGAUUUGCCGCCACCUUACGGAUCAUUCCCUCCAGACUUGAAUAAGCAGUCUGAUCAAAAACCAAAGCCUCAACCGCGUUCGAAAAUGCCAAUGAACGAUUUUAAUCUGCCGGAUUUACCUGCUGUUCCUUCCGAUACGGACGCUCCACCAAACGCAAGUGGGGGGGAAAACGACGACAUUGACUUCGAAGACUUGAUGAAACGCUUCGAGAAUUUGAAAAAGCGAAAGUGAUUUUCUUACGACGUGCUUUCGUAUAUAUAACUAAAAGUAUUAAUUUAUAUCGGUUCUUUGACGACUAUUUUAAAAUACGCUACUUUGUAAUUGUUAAACAUGCGCACUUCAAUAAGGUAGGUAGUGCCUUUGUAUAAAAAUUGUAAAAUAACGCUGAAAACUCUUGUAUUUUUAAUUCUUACAUAGAAUUUGUUAUUCUGUACAUAAAUCUUAUCAACAAAUAUAUACCUAUAAAUUAUAAAA